AUGAAGAGAGGACGUGGAGGUGCCGGUGGAAACAAGCUCCGCGUUACGCUUGGUCUACCCGUGGGGGCCAUCGUCAACUGCUGCGACAACAGCGGAGGCAAGAACCUCUACAUCAUCGCCGUUAAGGGUAUCGGUGCCUGCCUCAACAGGCUGCCAUCGGCCGCCGUUGGCGACAUGGUCCUCGCGACCGUCAAGAAGGGAAAGCCCGACCUCAGGAAGAAGGUCCACCCCGCCGUCAUCGUGCGCCAGCGCAAGGCCUGGAGGCGCAGGGAGGGCUACUUCAUCUACUUUGAGGACAACGCCGGAGUCAUCGUAAACCCCAAGGGAGAAAUGAAGGGGUCCGCCAUCACCGGCCCUGUCGCCAAGGAGUGCGCAGAGCUGUGGCCCAAGAUCUCCGCCGCGGCGCCCUCUAUUGUUUAA